AUGUCAGAAGGUGAAAUGGGGAUCAUUAAACCAGAGAUGAUGAAAUCAUAUAUAUGGCUUGAAACUACUGAUGGCUCAAUCCAACAAGUGGAACAAGAGGUUGCAAUGUUCUGUCCCAUGAUAUGUCGAGAAGUUCUAGGCAAGGGUGCUGGAUCUUCUAAGAACUACGCAAUAGCUCUUCCACAGCGAGUCAAUCCAGCCAUGUUAAGCUUGAUUUUUGAUUACUGCAGAUUUCAUCAAGUACCGGGACGCUCAAAUAAGGAACGUAAAAUAUAUGAUGAAAAAUUCAUCCGGAUGGACACAAAGAGGCUCUGUGAGUUGACCUCAGCCGCUGACAGUUUGCAGUUAAAGCCUUUAGUUGAUCUGACUAGUCGUGCUCUUGCACGGAUUAUUGAGGGGAAAUCCCCUGAGGAGAUACGUGAAAUAUUUCAUUUGCCUGAUGACCUAACUGAGGAAGAGAAAUUAGAGCCUCUCAAGAACACAAUGGAUGAUCCACGUAUACGACUGUUGAAUAGAUUGUAUGCAAAGAAAAGAAAGGAAUUGAAAGAAAGGGAGAAACUUAAGAGUAUAGAGGUUGAAGAACGUGUUGACGAGCGUUCUGUGGAUGACCUUUUAUCAUUUAUUAAUGGCAGAGAUCACAAGGUGGUAAAGACUUCCAAGAGCAAAAAGAAGAACAAGAAAAGGAAGGAGCAUAAGAAUGGUACAUCAAAUGGAAUAUGUAAAGCUUCCAAGGAGGAUUCACAUAAUCUUCAUUCGAAACAACGAAGUGCUGAAAUUGUUGAUGAAACCGCGUCCAGCUUGGGAGAGGUAUCUAACGUACUUGGUAUGGAAGAUGACAUAUUUACACUAAAGACAGAGUUUGACGAUGGUUAUCUAGAUGAUGAAAUCGAUCCCGCUUUGAAGGAAAUGCUUGAUAGAGAAGUAGAGGAGUUUGCUCGGCGAUUAAACUCUAGUUGGGUUCUAUCGUUAGGACAAGAAAGACAGCCUGUGCACUUCUCCAUAAACAGCAAUGUGACUACAAGGCGAUUGACAGGUCCAGCUGCAGGACACAAAUGA